CUACUUUCACUUCCUGUUACUCAGACAGGCAUCGUCGGUCUGACCUGCUGUCUGUUUCUCAGCUGCAGACAGAAUAAGAACAGCAGUGCUCUGAGCUGAAGAUCUUCUCUGAAGCUUCAUGAUGGUCUGGGCUCUGCUCUGCAUGUGCUUCCUCACUGUGGUGAUUCCAGCAGAAGGACAAACAGCCUCGUGGCAGAAAGGAAAUCUGCAGGGACAGAUGUUCAGCGUGAUGUCUGGUGGAGAAGUCCGGUUCCGUUCAGACGCUCCCUCUAACGUCACCGGACUCACCGUCUGCAUGAGGGUUCUGAUUGAGAAACUCUACUACAGAGUUCAGCUCACGUUUGGGAACAGCACUGAUGGAGUCUCUUAUACGGGACCUGGUUCUAUUGACCCUCAUUAUUUCUUACAUGUAAAAAGUCACACUGUGAGCUUCAGGGUGUUCUCUAUGUUGCCGGCACAUGAGCAGCUGUGGCCAUGGAGGAACAGGUGCUUCACCUGGGAUUCCAGCAGUGGAAUGGCCCAGCUGUGGUUUGAUGGGAGAAUGAGCAUCCGCAAAGGAGUCUCCAGAGGACAGGUGUUUUCUGGCCAGGUUGAACUAUCGCUGUCUGAUUUUGAGGGUCAGCUGUGUGACGUCUACGUUUGGAACUCGGUCCUUCCUUUUAGAGAUCUCUACAAUUUCCUCAGCUACAAUAAGAGCAUCCCAUAUAGCGGCGUCCUGGACUGGAACCAGAUGCAGUACAGCACCAGCGGCUACACUCUCCUGGAGCCCACUUACGUUACAGCAUUUUAGGCGAAGCCCUUUAGAGAGUGCGGCUUGAGAAGGUUCUGGAGAGAUGAUGAAGAGAGAGAUUAAAGAAGCUUUUAUCAACAGUAACAGAGUAACAGUAAUCUUCAUGAUGAAACAGGGGGUCUAAAGUCCAGCGCCCAGGUUUAGAGUGCAUUACAGGAGGCCGGACUAGAGUGAUUUAAGCAUAAGAGCCUUUAUUUCUCCUCAGUUUGGGCUCCACUGUGAAAAAAUGGCUGAAUUUGAUCUGAACAAAUAUUUUAAUUUUGUACACACCCCCCCCCACACUCACCUUCAUGACUUGUCCGACCUUCAGCACCUUCGAUAUUCUUCACUGUAACCUUUUAAGGCUGACUGCUGACUUUACAUAAUAAAAGCCAGGACAAAAUAAAAGCAAAUUCACUUUG